GGGUUGCCUGAGAGGUGCGGGAGGCGUUCCCGGGAACUCGCCCCCGCGCCGCCUUGGGCUCGGGGUUUGCGUUCCGGGUCGCGGGCGUCCUGGGUCUCGGGCCUCCUGCCGGCCGCGGUACCGUGGCUUUGAACGGUGGGAACGUUCCAUGGCCACUUCCACAUUUUUGCUUUUCAUUUUCCGAUUGUUGGUUUUACUUCCGGGGGCUUCUCCGUCUUGGCUUUUUCUUUUAUUAUUAUUAUUAUUUUUGUAUUUUGAUUGCUAUUUGGAAUUACUGGCUUUCGAACCUGCUAAUUUGUUUCGGCCCCGCACCCUCAUUGCUGCUUCUCCUUUUUUUUUUUUUUUUUUUUUUUUUUUUUUUGGAGCUACAGAGGUUUCAGAUCCUCUUUAUGAACGGAGUCUCAGGGGAUGACGUUCUAGGAUGUUUUCUUUCCGUGGUUAGAACAAUGAUCCGGAAUCCUUUGUUUGCCUUCAGUAGUUCCUAUGUCUGCAGGCAUUUUUAUUUUUGCUACUUUGCCUUCAUUCAUUCAUUCAAACUCCAGCACCACGCAUAAGGAUAUGUUAAGAAUAUUCAGCUCUUGUUAUGGGAAUAUAGUAGUGAGAAAACUGUACACUGACGUCAGAACUUCACAGUUGACUGGCAGAAUCGCAUUUCAAGAAAUCUGUGGACUUCCUAUGUGAAACUACCCCAGAGGCUGGGCUAACCAACCAUUAAGUUGACUUUUAAUACCUCCCACUGUCUAUACUUGAAGUAGCCCUCUUCCUGAUUCUGGAAUGUAUCUCCAGUUAUGUCUAUCAGAAAAUUCCCUGAUGUUUUAAAGUUUGUACCCAGUAGUAAUGAGCCCAUUGGUCGGGAUUCGUGUGCAUAUGUGAUUCCAUCCCAUCAUGGCAGCCAUCAGAUGUUUUUGAUUUGUACAUUAGAAUACUGUCAUCAGUUUGGGUCAGAGGAAGGUACUUGUUUGAAUAUGAUUUUAGCCAAACCUUUAGCAUUGGGAUAAAACUAGCUUAUAGAUGUUCAUAUACUCUUUUACGGUUAACUAUUAACGUUUCUUUAUUUUUAUAUCUGUAUCCAUUUCUUUACGUGCAUAUAUAGAUAAGGACUCGGUUUUUAUUAGUAGCCCCUUUCUGUUGAUUUCCCACAAAUACCCAUCACCAGUAUGGUUCAAGGUCACAUGCUAUAAACCCUCUGAAUUAUCUCUUUGUGAACGUGAAAUGUAUAUUCAGCUAGAGGACAGAUCCUGUUGCGUAACAAAUACUUGUUGAGUUCUUGACAGUGACUGGCUCAGUAAUGCCCUCUGAGGCCUCUGCCUACCCUGUUCAUCUUUCCUUCUGGGUCACACUUAAGUUUCCACUAUUGGGCCAGUUAUACUUUGGGGAGAAUUACAAAGGAUCUAGUGAAUGACUCCUGUAUUUGGUUUGUUAUGUCAUUAUUUCUUUGUAAUAAAAAAAAAGGUCCAGUUUUCUGUGGAAUCAUAUGUAAGUCUUAAGUUUUGCCCAGCAAGUUGACUUUUGUCAAUCAUAAUGAACAUACAGCCUUGGGUUCUUUUUUUGGCCCCUCUGCCACUUACAUGGCUGAGUGCUGUUGUGUUUUAUUACCUGCUGGUACUGUUUUUGUUUGUUUGUUUUUGUUUUUGUUUUUUCCUUUUAUUGUGAACACCUGAAUGUUGUUAACAGGCACAGUGUUUUAUUAUAUGUAUAUGGGUGUUUUGACUUCAUGUAUGUUUGUGCAACACAUUCAUGUAAUGCCCCUAGAAUUAUUGGAUCCCCUGGAACAUGGAGUGCCCUGUGGGUGCUGGGAAACAAACCCGGGUCCUCUGGAAGAGCAUCCAGUGUCUUAACCAUGGAGCCAUCUUUCCAGCCCCCACCACUUAGCUUUUAUUUUAUUUCAUUUUUAUUUUAAGUAAAUUUUGCAUUUAUGGGUUCCACUGAUACUCAUGAGUUUCUUGAGACAGAAGCAGUAUCUGCAUAGCUUGUCUAGCUUUGCCAGGGAAUAAAAUUAUCACCCUAAGCCAUGCACAUCUGGGAAGAUUUAAAAUUCAAGUAGAAGAAGAAAACAAACCCCCAACCACAGUGUACUUAAAUAUCAGUGCGGAUAGCAUUCACAUUCUUGACGAAUUCUUUCUGUAAUGAGGGAAGGUUUUGUUAAAUGAUGGUGAACUGGUUUUGUCUAGUUUCCCCUUGUUUUGAUGGUCUCCAUGGCCUUAAAGGUGCAGCCUGUGACCUGAAAAUGAUACUCCUCUUCCUCCUAUGGGAAAAUGGCUGCUUUGUGAAAACUGUUUCCCAAAUGUUCUGAGGCAUCAUGGAAUAGUACUGCAGAUUUUGCAGUAUUUCCUGGGCCCUGGGGGGACAACCGAGAAUGAAUACCUAAGGAGAGAUAAACAAGUGUUACCCUCUUUUAUUCGUCUACUUUGAAUACAACAUAAUGUCUGCAUUGCUUUGUUUUGCCCUUCUGCCCAGGCAGGUCAUGUUGACAGGGACAGCAAUUCUGUGAGCUCUUGGUAUCAUAGGAAGAAGAAGGAGUCACUUACAAAAAUGGCAGCCUAAAGGAAAAGUUAGAGGGUUGCUGUCGCUGCUUUGACACUGAACCUUGACUCUGUCCUUCCUUUCUCAGCUGUUUAUCUGCGUCUUCUCUCUUUGAUGGGAAUGGAAUAAAUAUUUCCCUGGAAUUGUUAGUCAAGAGCAGGGUUCUGUCACAUAGAUAAUGAGAGUGAGAGUUCUGUUUCUGUAAAGAGACACCCUGACCACGGCAACUCUUGGGAAGGAAAGCAUGUAAUUGGGGCUGACUUUACAGAAGUUUAGCCCAUCCAGUCCAUUGCGGGAAGUGUGGAGGUGCACAGGCAGACAUAUUACUGCAGAAGGAGAGUUCUAAAUCCGGAUGAGCAGGCAGCAGGAAGAGAGACACUGGGUCUGUCUUGAACAUCUGAAACCUCAGAGUUCACUCCCAUGACACACUUCCUCUAGCAAGGCCACACCUACUCCAACAAAACCACCACCUAGUAGUGCUCCUCAGAAUGAGUGUGUUUUCAUUCAGAUUACUGCAAGAGUACACUGUUUAUUACACUGGCAAUGUCUUUAUAGAAGCUGUUAAAUUCUUCCAAAAGUCAUUUCUGUUUAUUGAUUCAUGUUGUCAGAAUAAUCUGAGUUGGCUCAGGGAGAGCAAACGGUUUUCCCAGAAUGACGCCACAGUUGUCUUCAGAGCUAAGCCCUCCUUCUGUUCCAUCUUGAUCCCAGGACAGUGCUGGCUUUCAGAUGUCAGUCCCUACUUUGUCUGCAGAGCCUCCUUUUCUCUGUCACUUUUUAUUCUCAACUGCUUCUCACUUCCUUGGAACUGUGAUUUUUGUCUCUCUCCUGUUAGUCUGCUUGAGAGAAUGACCACAUACUUGUCAUUCUUAGCCAUAGUCCAUUCCUGCAGUCUGGCUUCUGUCAACACUGCUCUCCAGGAAGUCUCCAAGAAUCUCUGAAUCACCACAUACAGUGGUACCCUAGGUACCUUAGGUUGAUUCAGCAACUUGGAUGCCAAUUACAGAUUUCCCUUCAAACCUUCCUUUUCAUUGUUCCCGUGAAAUGGCCAACCAGUGUGAGGAGUGCUGGGAGAGGAGAGCAAAUGUCCGGACUAGUUAACGGCACAGCUGAGUUUACAUUUUAAGUCAUCAUCUUUAUUAUCCACUUAAGGCACAGAAGAAGAUGUUUCACAAGACAGAGGAACUCUUUCCCAAGAAGAUGGAGAGUGACGUGGAUGACAUGGACACCUCGGACACACAGUGGGGCUGGUUCUACCUGGCGGAAUGUGGGAAGUGGCACAUGUUUCAGCCGGAUACCAACAUUCAAUGUUCAGUUAGCAGUGAAGAUAUCGAAAAAAGCUUCAAAACAAACCCUUGUGGCUCCAUUUCCUUUACUACUUCCAAAUUCAGCUACAAGAUAGACUUUUCAGAAAUGAAGCAGAUGAACCUCGUCACUGGAAAACAACGCCUAGUAAAAAGGGCUCCUUUCUCCAUCAGUGCCUUCAGUUACAUCUGUGAAAAUGAGGCCAUCCCCAUGCCAACACACUGGGAGAACGUGAAUACAGAAGUUCCCUACCAGCUGGUCUCCCUGCAGAACCAAACGCAUGAAUAUAAUGAAGUUGCCAAUCUCUUUGGUAAAACAAUGGAUCGGAACCGAAUUAAAAGGAUUCAAAGGAUUCAAAACUUAGACUUAUGGGAGUUCUUUUGCAGGAAGAAGGCUCAGCUCAAGAAGAAGAGAGGAGUCCCCCAGAUCAAUGAGCAAAUGCUGUUCCACGGCACCAGCAGUGAGUUUGUGGAAGCGAUUUGCAUUCACAACUUUGACUGGAGAAUCAAUGGUGUACACGGUGCUGUCUUUGGAAAAGGAACCUAUUUUGCUAGAGAUGCCGCGUACUCCAGUCGCUUCUGCAAAGAUGACAUCAAGCAUGGUAACACGUUCCAGAUUCACGGGGUCAGCGUGCAGCAGCGACAUCUGUUCAGAGCCUAUAAAUCCAUGUUCCUUGCUCGAGUACUAAUUGGGGAUUACAUAAACGGAGACUCCAAAUACAUGCGACCUCCUUCCAAAGAUGGGAGCUACGUGAAUCUGUAUGACAGCUGUGUGGAUGACACCUGGAACCCAAAGAUCUUUGUGGUGUUUGAUGCCAACCAGAUCUACCCCGAGUACUUGAUAGACUUUCACUGACCCCGCUUUCCAGGUGACCCCGCUUUCCAGGCUCUGGUCAAAGCUUUGCUCUCUCAUUGCAGGCGGAUUUGGCCCCCUGUCUUCUAGCCGCUAAAUAUAAAUAUUGGAUACUUCUGAAACUGAUGCGUGAAAGAUGCGGCUGCAUAUGUAAAGAAGUACCAGCUGUCAGGUUGGUUAUGUGUUGUUGUGCUUCUGUCAGUUACAGUUUUGUUAAGACCAGUACUGUUGCCAUUUUAACAUACAGCAAUGAGAGAUGCCACUUAAAACCAAAUGGGUUGAGUCUCAUUACCGAAGCCAGGCGGUCUUUAAAGUUCACAUGUUUGUGAUCAGGUCGGAUGAUUAUAGUUUGUGCUCCCCAUUUGGAGAACUGGCCCUUGGGUUUUGACAUUAUUGUCUGUCAAUGAGCAUGUCCCUUUGUUGGUCUUCUGAAGGGGGGGGGAGGCAUUUAAAACCCUGAAGCAGCCCCUGGCGCUCCAAGAAGAAGGAAACAGAGACAUUGCCUGCCAUGCUGGCAGCCAAGCUAGCAGAAGAGAGACCAAGACCGAGGGCUGCGGUUCCCACCAUUCUCACCUACCUCCCACAGGUGAGCUGACCGCGGCUGCCCUGGUCACCAGCUCACAGUUCAGCCCCCAAAAUGUUUAUCUUCUUGUUUUCCAGGCCCUGCAGUGAUCAUUCCUAAGAGACUUUAUCUGUGUCUGUCCAUGCUGCCCCUCCCCCAACACACACACCUAUAGCUGUUCCAUGGUGAUCCCUAAAAUCCACAUGUCUUAGUAGUUGGGUAUCUCUGUUUUGAAUGAUUGUGGAGAGUAUGGGAUGCUGGGAAGAAGUCUGGUCUCUUUAGAGUAGUGACUGACAGUUUCCAACGCCUGAGCAGCCGUCCAACUUAGGGUUGUGCUCAUGGCUUUGUGUGCCUCUCCGCUUACCUGCUUUGCUGUCUUGAAGAUGAAGUGGACAGCACCAGCUUCUUGCUCGUCGGUGUUCUAGCAGAGGUAAGACAACACCCAGGCGUGGUGCUGUCUCGGUGUUUAAGUAUUAGACAAGGAGCUGCCUGUCUGAUCGUCUUCCAUUGCUUUUCCCACGGUUCCUCAUGGGGAUGAUCACUCCCCAAGCCGUUCACCAGAACCUUUUCCUAACUCUCAACACUGCGCUUUGCCUCUGUUGUCUCACCCAGCUUUGGCUGAGAGAACGUGAGCACAAUUUAGCAUCUAGAGCCCAUGCCGGUAUUGUUCUCUUCUACCAUUUGAAUUGGGAAGCACCUUGAAAGAAUGAAUACAUGUGUAGAAUAUGAUUGGGGAUGGUGAUUCUUUCAGCUUGGUAUAUCGCCAGAUUUUCCUUAUAGCCCUGAAUAUGUGUAACAGCACAGUGGAUACAUAAACAGCACACGGGAAGCUGUGUGCACAAUCCUUUGGGAGCUCUCUGGCAGUAAUGACUUCCUGGCUCCAAUGUGUAGGUCCAUUAUUGGUUUAAGAAAGGACAGAAAGGACACAUUUUAAAGCCAUCAGUGGUCACUGCAGCAGUACCUGGAGGCGAAUUGGCUAGACUACCUACAUUCUCACCAGAACCAUUGCUAGAGGCAUUCGGCAUUCAGGAUCCAACAGUCUCUGCUAGCUAAGUUCAUGCGAAGUAUUGGAGCCCCUCUUCUUUCUAGGCAUCUCCCCCAUUGUCCAUGCACACUUCUCUCAAUACUUGAAUGACUGUUGUAGUUGGGGUUGUUUCCUUUUAGACUUGUGUAUCCGUGUCAAGGUGACUGAGAAAGCAGGCAGUCUGUACAAUCGGUCUCCUUCGUUGGUUUGCAUGAGGAAGGCAGGGCACGUCCCAGGGCGGCCAUCAGGCAGCCCUGCAUUGCUGCUGGACUGCCAGCCCCUUUUACAGGAAAGAUGUGAUUUUGAUACAUGUUUUAAAUAUAAUAACAUAGAAUUCACUCAUGUUAAACUUUAACUUGUUUUGUCUGAUAAAUGUAUAGUAGAGCAUUGUUUCCUCUGCUCAUUGAGUCCAGUGGGAGGGGAGAGUAAGGGAAGCUAUUACAUAGAGAUGAGCUGUGUUACAGCGGUGGCUGAAUAAAUCACAUUGAGUGCAAACUUGUCUUUUCCCUGUGUGGAGUCUAGACUUGGGGUAAAAAGAAUUGUGUUUAUGGAAAACAUUUUCCUAAAUCUUUUAUUUCCCACCAGGAACAUUGAGAUUAGUGGAUCAUUUUAUUUCUAGACUGGUGGUGGUGGCAGUGACAAUGGAGAAUUCCUAUAUUUAAUGUCUUGAGUGUAUUGUUUCCACAAUUGUUGAUUAAAGUUUUCUGUAUCUGGA